UCUAAAAUGUUCAAAUCGGAUUCCAAAGAUGAGGCAUGCUAAGGAAGAACAAGCAUGCAACAGUGAACAAGCCAUUGACCUAAAUUCAGCAGUUGAAGAGUUAAAUGGACUUAGCUCUCAGGAGCUUAGUAAGCUGUUGAGGGACUCUGAAAAUUUUACUCUGCAUCGUCAUACUGAAAAAGGAUUAUUGGUUCAGAUUGAUAUGGAAAAACUUGCUUCAUCUCUCCCUAUGCACCUUCUUGCGGUUCUUCUUUCACGUGAUCGAGGAGAUAUCUACUUGAGAUACAUGUUACAAGGUUUGCGGCUUUUACAUUCCUUGUGUGACCUUGCUAGGCAGACCAGACUUGAACAGAUUUUGCUUGAUGACGUAAAAAUAAUGGAGCAGAUACUGGAUCUGGUAUUUUAUAUGCUUAUUGUUCUGGGUUCUUAUGGAAAGGAGCAUGCUACAAGUUUUGUACCUCUUUUGCAUUCAGCAUUGGUGGCUUGCAGUCUUCAUCUAUUGACUGGAUCAAUUUCGUCACAGUGGCAAGAUGUUGUUCAUGUUCUUCUUGCACACCCCAAGGUUGAUGUAUUCAUGGAUGUAGCUUUUCAUGCUGUUCGGGUAGACAUUAGGUUUCUCCAGAUCAAACUGUCAGCAAUAGAUCUUCAUACUUUGUGCAGGAAAUCCAGUCCUCUUCCUAGUGAACAAACAAUGAAAAACCUCUGCCAUCAAUGCGAGGCUUCUUUGCAGUUUAUUCAGUCCAUGUGUCAACAAAAAAUGUUUAGGGAGCGUCUACUUAAGCAUAAGGAACUAUGCAAAAAUGGUGGUAUUCUUUCACUAGCACAGGCAGUCUUAAAGUUAGAUAUUCCUCCACAUCUUCAAGAGUCCUCUACGGUUGUGGCUGCUGUGUCUAGGAUGAAGUCUAAAGUCUUGUCCAUUUUGGUGCAGCUCUGUGAAACAGAAAGUAUUUCUUACUUGGACGAGGUAGCAAGCUCUCCGAGGAGCAUGCAAUUGGCAAAGUCUGUUGCGUUAGAGGUUCUUGAGUUAUUGAAAACUGUAUUUGGAAGAGAACCCAAACAACUUGGUGAUUGCUUAGACAACAGUUAUCCAAGGGGUCUUGUGCUUCUAAACUCAAUGCGAUUAACCGAUAUCUUCUCUGAUGAUUCAAAUUUUCGAUCUUUCAUUACACUUAACAUUACACAAGUAUUGGUUGAAAUUUUUUCACUGCCUCCUGAAGAGUUUUGUUCUAGUUGGUGCUCUACUGAUCUUCCAUUGACAGAGGAAGAUGCUGCUCUUGAGUAUGAUCCAUUUGUGGCAGCUGGAGCUAUUCUGGCUUUACCAUCUACUACUUUUGGAACUUCUCUUUUGGCAUCUGAUCCAUCCAACGAGGCAAUUAAAGAAUGCCCCUUCAUUCUCAACAACAUACCUCAGGCUUCCUAUGCACAACAGAGAACAUCAUUCUUGGUCAAAAUAAUUGCAAAUCUCCAUUGUUUUGUUCCCAAUAUCUGUGAAGAGCAAGAAAGGAACCUAUUCUUUAACAAAUUUCUCGAGUGCUUGCAAACGGAGCUACCUAAAACAUUGCCUGGUUUCUCGUUAACACAUGACACCCAGAAAGCUGCUACAGUUUGUGAGAACUUGUGUUCCUUGUUGGCUCAUGCAAAAUCCUUAAUUCCUAAUUUAUUGAAUGAAGAGGAUGUUCAACUGUUGAGUUUCUUUUAUAAGCAACUACAGUCUCUGAUUACUUCUGCACAAGUAGAAGCUAAACCAGUUCAGGGGCAAGUCCAGGAAAAUAAAUUUGGGGAUUUGCUGCACAAGUUUUCUAACUAUAGGUUAAAUGAGCACCAUCAGGAGGUUCAAGGCAUAGGGGCAGCAAGAAAAUUAGAUCCAAAGAUCCGGGAAGUAGCUCCAGACUUGAAUGAUAAAAGUGGAAGCCACAAAGAUGACAUCUCUGAUAAUUCAACUUUUGAAGACCUGUACAAGUUUGGUAUGACUGGCAAAGGCACAGAUCCACCUGAUGAUGUAAUGGACCCAGAUGGAAGGAGGAAAGACAAAAAUGGAAUUGGUAAGAGUGCAUCUGAAUCUUUCAGAGAGACUGACAAAGAUCUUCGGACUGUUGAACCAAGUAGCUCUGAUGGGAAAAAUUCCUUUGAUCAAAUGAUGGACAAUGAUGACUUCCCAAAAUUGGCCGAGCAUGCUAAAGAAAGUGCAUUUAUGGGAUCCCAGGAUAAUGAAAAGACUGAAACCAUGCAGUUUGAAGAAAAGCAAAGGAGAAAAAGGAAGAGAAACAUCAUGAAUGAUACACAGAUUACCUUAAUUGAGCGGGCCCUUUUGGAUGAGCCUGAAAUGCAACGCAAUGCCACCUUGUUACAGUCAUGGGCUGAUAAAUUAAGUGUUCAUGGGUCUGAGCUUACAUCGUCCCAGCUUAAAAAUUGGCUGAACAACAGAAAAGCCCGGCUAGCCCGUGCAGCCAGGGAAGCUCGUGCACCAUCUGAAGGAGAUAAUACUUUUCCAGACAAGCAAGGUGGUUCAGGUCAGGCUCAAUUUUAUGACUCACCUGAGAGUCCCAGUGAAGACUUUUAUGUUCCACCAUCAACCACGAGAGCGGGGAGUAACCAGAGCACGCCGAAAUUUGGAGGUGUCACGCUGAGAACAGGAAGUGGUGAAGCUUCGGAGAUGACCCCAACAGAUUUUGUUGAUUUUGCUGCCAAACAGAGUAUGCAAAUGGAUUGUUCAUCAUUGGGAUACGCCCAGUAUGAGCCAGGCCAAUACGUGUCACUGAUUGAUGGAGAAGGUAAGGAGGUUGGCAGGGGAAAUGUGUAUCAGGUGGAAGGUAGGUGGCAUGGCAAAAGCUUAGCGGAAGCAGGAACAUGUAUAGUUGAUGUUCAUGAACUCAAGGUUGAGAGAGGGACGAGGCUUCAACACCCAGUGGAAGCUGCAGGUACCACAUUCGAUGAAGCUGAAUCCAAGAACGGGGUGAUGAGAGUGGCAUGGGAUGUAAACAAGAUCCUGCCGUUGCGCAAGUAAAUUGAUACAUUACAGCAAUGUCUUGAAACCAGAAGGACUUGGAGAAGUCUUGAGCAAUCCCAGAGGCAGCUUCAUACUGCUCCAAGCUUUGGUUGAGCAGUUUAAUUAUCUGCAACCUGUACUUGGGAGACUGCUCCUACCAUUUGUACGCAAAUUACUGCGUCCGUUGUCACAUUUUGGGGGUGGUUCAAGUUUUUUGUAUUAUUUGAUAGUGGCAUAAGCAGAGAAGAUCUCUUAUUAUUUUUUGGGUUAUUUAUGUUCAUCCCUUCUCCCCUUUUCUUAUUAUCAGUUAGAAGUGGCCUUUGGCCAUUGAUUCGCUCUGACCACCGUUGUGGGGUGCCAUGUUUUAACAUUUUUAGUUGAUUUAGGUCUGAUUUUAUUUUCAUUUUUCAAAUAUGGUUGUUGGGUUGUGUUAACAUUGAUCCCAGAGGUGGCUCGCAAUUGAAGUUCAUCCUAGGGAUAUUUUCCUAAAAGAUUUCAAUUUCUUGUAGCCAUCUUCA